CACAGCUGACUCAACCAAUUGCAUUCUAAACUGAAGAUAAUUUUUAGUGAAUUAUUGGAGUCCCAGGGGUGCCCAUCCCUGCAUUAGAGGGAGUACAGCUACAACCAGAAGUUACUUUUUUUGUAGCAGGUGAGGAGAAUUUAUGCAGAAGGUUAGGAUAAUUAAUGGGACAGGUUAGGAGACUUAGGUUUAGGAAAGUUUAGGAAAGUGUUAGGGUUAGCUAAAAUGCUCUCCUAACCUGCUACGAAAAGUCCCUUCUGAUCGUAGCUGUACUGUUUCUAGUCAUAACCAUCAAAGAUUGGCAUCCUAGAGAGGGGAAGAGAUGACGGCUGAGGUCAAACCAUCACCUUUUACAUCAAACCUGAACGAUGCAACUCUAGCAGUGGACUGGCCAACUGGAGCAGUUAUACUUGGACUCAUUACUAAGGUUUCCAUCCAACCUUUUUACGACAUGACGGAUCGACUCGACAAGACCCAAAUAUGGCUGGUGUGCAGAAAAAACCAAAUGAGGCACUGAGGAUUGUUCUGGUUGGGAAGACUGGAGUUGGGAAGAGUGCAACAGCAAACACCAUCCUGGGGAAAAAAAUGUUUGAGUCUAAACUUUCCCCUGUUUCUCUGACAAAAGAGUGUGACAAGGCAAGAGGGGAGGUGGAUGGGAGAGAAGUGGCUAUUGUUGACACUCCAGGCUUGUUUGACACUAACUUAUCACAAGAGGAGACCCUGAAGAAGAUUGCUAAGUGCAUCUCCUUCUCUGCUCCUGGGCCCCAUGUGUUCCUUGUAGUGAUUGCGUUGGUUAGAUUCACACAGGAAGAGAAAGACGCAGUGGAGAUGAUUCAGACAUUCUUUGGAAAAGAUGCAGCAAGAUACAUCAUGGUUCUCUUCACAAAUGCAGACCAGCUUGAAGAACAAACCAUUGAAGACUUUUUGCGUGCCUCUUCAGAUCUUCAGGAUGUCAUUGCCAAAUGCGGUGGGCGGUAUCAUGACUUCAACAACAGAGAUAAGAAGAACCGCUCCCAGGUCACUGAGCUGCUUGAGAAGAUAAACAAGAUGGUCAUGAUGAAUGGAGGAAGAUACUACACCACUGAGAUGUUCCAAAAGGCUGAGAGGGCGAUUGAAGAGGAGACGAAGAGGAUCUUGAGAGAGAAGGAAGAGGAGACACUCAGAGCGGAGGAAGAACUAAAAGCAAAAUAUGAAGGAGAGUUCCUAAAGAAACAACAAGCCAUCCUAAGUGCAGCCACCUUGGCAUCAGCCAGAGGUUCAGCUGAAAGAGAAAACAACUUCACAAAAAAUCCUCUGUGCCUUUUGAGCUCUUUGUGUAGUAUCCUCUGAGGUGUUGUCAUCAGAAAAAAACAAAUAACUGUGGGAUGGCAUUAGGCAUGUGACAAUAGAACAAGACAUGAAGUACUGAAGACUGGGGGAAAAAGCACCACGAUACUAUACUGCAAAAUCACAUGACUUUUCAUUUAUGAUAAAGUGCCAUGGAAAAUAAUAUUAGGAUAGGACUUGAUUUGCCCUUGAUGACAAGUGUUGGCCCGGAUGCCAAGUGAACUCAUACAAUUUGCUUACAAUCAUACCAUUGAGUGACCUGCUUUAAAUGCUGAAGCUAACGGAAUCUGCUAACCCAACUUAAAAUAUAUGAAGUAUAUCAUUGUUUUCCAUCAUCCUGUGUAACAGGUAACAACACACAGACGACUGUAAUGGCAGAGAGAAAGAACCUGAAUAAUCAUGAGUGUAAUGAUACAUGCAUACUUUGAGGUGUAUUUUAUAUAUUGAUCUUGAGAUUGGGACUUACUCCUGUAUCUGGCAUAUUUGAUUGUGACUGCAUGUACCGAGAAUUCGGUAUUAAAGCUAUUUCUUCAACUGCA